GCCAUUAACCAAGAAGCAGCAGCAGCAGAGCUCUCUGCACCCGGAAAUGAAACAUCUUGGUUCUUCUGUUCCUUCUGUAAAGCUACCAGCCGUCCCGCAAGAUGAGCUUGUGUGUGCUGGAUGAGGAGAGCUUCCGUUGCUGCUGUCAGCUCUUCCUGCAGCAGUCUGAGCAGCUGAGAGAUGGCUGGAGCUGGGAAGCAGUCCAGGGUUCAGAGGAGGGCUACCUGAGGAAGGCCACUCUCAGGUCAGUCGUCAUUGACUCGAGCCCAUUGUGGGACCAGGAAGGAUCAAGUUCAGACUCAGAGCCACACGCUUCCUCUCAAUCCUGGCCUGAUCAGCAGGGACAGGACAAGGAACAGUCUGUUCGUGUUGCCCUAGCUGAUGCUGACUGCAUCAAAGAUGACAUGGAUGAUGACCGUGAUGAAGAUGAUGGGUUCUGUACGGCGUCUGAAGGCAGUGGCCAGGUGCUUCAGUACGAGUACCACAUCCUGUACUCUUGCAGCUACAGUGCCCCUGUGCUCUAUUUUAGAGCCUCCACCCUGGAGGGGAGGAGCCUGUCACUGGAGGAGGUGUGGAGCUCUGUUCAUCCAAACUUCAGGCUUCGACUGCAGAAGAGUCCUCUGAAUACAAUCACUCUGCAGGAGCACCCGCUGCUGGGUCAGCCUUUCUUCAUGCUCCACCCCUGCAGAACAGAUGAGUUUAUGAGGCCUGUGGUGCAGGCGGCUCAGAGCCAGCAGAGGCCAUUGAACUACGUGUUGUCGUGGCUCAGUGUGGUGGGCCCUGUGGUAGGUCUGGACGUCCCUCUGAAGUACUCCACUCAGGUCCGUCCUGCAGCCUCACUCAACAGCACCGAGCCAGACUGAAGCUGCACCGGCUCUUCUUCCCCCUCUGUCAGCAUCACAAUAGAGUCUGUCUUCAUGGGGGCUGGAU